UUGUUGCAGGGGUUAUAUAUUCAUUUCCAAUUUAUGAUGCGAUAAUGCUUGAACAUUUGGCGUGAUCUGAGAUCUGUCCCGGUCUAUAUCUUUCGGCGCUGCUGGCGGGAUUGAUCGGAUAUUUUGGUUUUGAUCCAAUACUGAUUGAUUAAUUGAGCGGAAUUGUUUCGAUAUGGAGUCAUCGUCAGGAGCAACGCCGGAGUUUGAUUAUUUAUUCAAGCUUUUGUUGAUAGGCGAUUCUGGGGUUGGGAAAAGUACCUUGUUGCUCAGCUUCACUUCGGACACCUUUGAAGAUCUCUCUCCAACAAUUGGAGUGGAUUUCAAGGUAAAGCAUGUUACUGUUGGGGGUAAAAAGUUAAAGCUUGCAAUUUGGGAUACUGCUGGACAGGAAAGAUUUAGGACUUUGACUAGUUCAUAUUACAGGGGAGCACAAGGAAUCAUAAUGGUUUAUGAUGUCACACGGCGAGAUACAUUCACAAAUCUAUCUGAUAUUUGGGCUAAAGAAAUUGACCUCUACUCAACAAAUCAAGAUUGCAUUAAGAUGCUAGUUGGGAACAAAGUCGACAAGGAAAGUGAAAGGGUUGUCAGCAAAAAAGAGGGAAUCGACUUUGCAAGGGAAUACGGGUGCUUAUUUAUCGAAUGUAGUGCCAAAACCAGAGUAAAUGUGGAGCAAUGCUUCGAGGAACUCAUCUUAAAGAUAUUGGAGACACCAAGUCUGUUGGCUGAAGGUUCGUCCGGUGUAAAAAGAAACAUUUUCAAACAGAAACCUCCGGAAUCUGAUGCAUCCUCUAGCAGUUGUUGUUGAGCCCUCCCACGGCUGCUCCGAGAAGUAAAGCAACUCACCUUAUCUCAAUUGGUUCAUUUCAUAUCAUUCAUCGUCCUGUCACUGUGGUUUUAUCCUUAAUUUGUCAUUCUGUAACUGUUUUCUGUGAAUUCUGAAAACCAGUGUCUGUAAUACAUAUGUAUAUAUAUACAAGACAAGCAUAUAAUACAUGUGUUUGGUCAAAUACUUCAAGAAUGUAUAACAUUAUCAUACCAAUUCUCAUGUUUCAGUGAUGGAAAUGAACACGAAAUUCUGUCA